AUGGCUCCUAUAAAUUCCAUCCUCGAGCCCCGGCAGUCAAGCGGCGCUAACUGCCCAAGCACAAUCAGCGGCGGGGGAAUUGCAGGUAUCGUCAUCGGCUCGAUCGCAGGGACCCUCCUCAUCCUCUGGCUGUGGCGGAUAUGCCGACUUCCCGGAGCGUUGAGCGGCGAUACAUCUGAAGUCGGCUACCGGCCUCCAAUUACUCGCAGCAGCACGAGUAGCCGUGGACGGCGACAGCGUCGUCGUCCAUCCGGGACGUACAUCGAUUAUGUCGAGAAGCCGACCAGUGUACGCAGCGCGCGCCGAUAUAGGGAUCGCGAUGAUUUGCGUCGGCCGGCUAAGGUUUAUAUGACAGAGCCGUGA